UGGAGCCGGUGCGAAAAAGCAAAAUGGCGUGGCAACCAGACCAGGACGGUUUACAGCAAAUUAUACAGCUUUUGAAGGAGAGUCAAAGCCCAAAUACUGAAGUACAAAGAGCAGUUCAACAAAAACUUGAGUCUCUGAAUCAAUUUCCUGAUUUCAACAAUUACCUGAUAUUCGUUCUUACGAAGCUGAAGAGCGAAGAUGAACCAACUCGUUCACUUUCGGGCUUGAUUCUCAAGAACAACGUUAAAUCUCAUUAUCACACUUUCCCUGACCAAGUGAAAGAAUUUAUUAAGUCGGAAUGCCUCGAAGCCAUUGGGGAUCCUUCACCUCUCAUACGAGCUACGAUUGGUAUCUUGAUCACAACUAUAGCGGCGAAAGGCGAUCUAACAAACUGGCCUCAACUAUUGCCAACGUUGUGCCAACUUUUGGACAGCGAGGACUAUAAUGUCUGCGAGGGAGCAUUUGGAGCUCUGCAAAAGAUCUGUGAGGAUUCUGCUGAGCAACUUGACAGUGAUGCUCUCAAUAGACCCCUCAUCGUAUUGAUCCCAAAGUUUCUACAAUUCUUCCGUCAUGCAAGCCCAAAAAUAAGGUCUCACGCUAUUGCUUGUGUAAAUCAGUUUAUUGUUACACGAACACAGGCCCUCAUGGUUCAUAUAGGCACAUUUAUUGAGAAUCUGUUUGCGCUUGCGGGAGAUGAAGACCCAGAAGUAAGAAAGAAUGUUUGCAGAGCCCUUGUUAUGCUUUUGGAAGUCAGAGCAGACCAAUUAAUUCCACACAUGAAUAACAUUGUAGAGUACAUGCUGAUGAGGACACAAGACAAAGAUGAAAAUGUAUCACUUGAAGCUUGUGAGUUUUGGUUAACACUGGCAGAACAGCCUAUCUGUAAAGAGGCUCUUAGCCCACACCUUCAUAGGCUUGUUCCGAUACUAGUAAAUGGUAUGAGGUAUUCAGAGAUUGACUUGAUUCUACUGAAGGCUGAUAAUGAAGAUGAUGAGUCUGUUCCAGACAGUGAGCAGGAUAUCAGACCAAGAUUUCAUAAAUCCAAGACGCACAGCCAGCAGCAUGAAGCAGAUGGCGAAGUUGAUGGGGACAGUGAUGGAGAUGAUGAUGAUAUGGAUGAUGAUACUCUUUCAGACUGGAACUUACGUAAAUGCUCUGCAGCUGCCUUGGAUGUUUUGGCUAAUGUGUUCCGUGAUGAUCUUUUACCAGUUCUUCUUCCAAUCUUAAAGGAAACACUCUUCCAUCCUGACUGGGAGGCAAAAGAGUCGGGAAUCCUUGUGCUAGGGGCCAUUGCAGAAGGUUGUAUAACUGGUAUCUCUCCUCACCUGCCAGAGCUAAUUCCUUUCCUGAUAAAUUCUCUUUCUGAGAAAAGGGCACUGGUGCGCUCUAUCACAUGCUGGACCCUGAGUCGUUAUGCACACUGGGUUGUUAGUCAGCCUCAUGAAGCAUACCUUCAACGUCUCAUGACAGAGCUCCUGAAACGGAUUUUGGAUAGUAACAAGAGGGUUCAAGAAGCAGCAUGCAGUGCCUUUGCCACUUUGGAGGAAGAAGCUUGUACUGAACUUGUUCCGUAUCUUAGCUUCAUUCUAGAGACACUGGUGUUUGCCUUCAACAAGUAUCAGCACAAAAACCUUCUUAUAUUGUAUGAUGCAAUUGGUACACUAGCUGACUCAGUGGGUCACCACCUCAACAAGCCUGAGUUUAUCAAUAUGUUGAUGCCACCCCUUAUUCAGAAGUGGAACCAGCUGAAAGAUGAGGACAAAGACCUUUUUCCACUCUUAGAGUGUUUGUCCUCUGUAGCUACAGCUUUACGUUCUGGCUUUUUUCCAUAUGCUGAGCCUGUAUUCCAGAGAUGUGUGUCAUUAGUGGAACAAACUCUAACUCAAAGCGUGGCAUCUCAAACUCAUCCAGAGCAGUUUGAACCUCCAGACAAGGAUUUCAUGAUUGUUGCUCUAGAUCUUCUGAGUGGAUUGGCUGAGGGACUGGAGGGGCAAAUUGAACAGUUUAUCAUUAGGAGCAACACCAUGACCCUUCUUUACCAAUGUAUGCAGGACAAAAUGCCUGAAGUGAGACAAAGUUCUUUUGCAUUGCUGGGAGACUUGACUAAAGCUUGCUUCCAACACGUCAAACCCUGCAUUGGUGACUUCCUACCAAUCUUGGGCCAGAAUCUCAAUCCAGAAUUUAUUUCGGUUUGCAACAAUGCUACAUGGGCAAUUGGAGAAAUAUCUGUGCAGUUAGGAUCAGAUAUGAAGCAGUAUAUCAACUUGGUCCUACAGCAACUCAUUACAAUCAUUAACAGACCACAUACUCCAAAGACGCUGCAAGAAAACACAGCAAUCACAAUCGGUCGUCUGGGGUUAGUUUGUCCGCAAGAGGUGGCACCUUUGUUACCGCAGUUUAUUCAAAAGUGGUGUACUUCCUUGCGGAAUAUACGAGACAAUGAGGAAAAAGACUCUGCCUUCAGAGGUAUCUGUAACAUGAUUGGUAUUAACCCUGGUGGAGUUGUUCAGGAUUUCAUAUUCUUUUGUGAUGCUGUAGCAUCAUGGGUAAACCCUGGACCAGACUUAAAGGAUAUGUUCCUCAAGAUCCUUCAUGGGUUUAAAAACCAGGUUGGUGAAGAAAACUGGAAACGAUUUUCCAGUCAGUUUCCUGCAGCUCUGCGAGAGCGUCUUUCCUCUAACUAUGGAGUUUGAGGAGAUGCUUUGGUAGUCAGGGUGGGAUAAGAAUACAGGACUUUGUAGUCCUCGCUCAGAUCAAGUAACAGUGUCCUAAGUCCAUGUCCGUCCUUGUCCAUGUUCCCGUACAAGUCUGUGUGAAUAGCUAAUGGAUGUUUCUAUGGGCGACAGUGUUGUCAUUUAGUGAUGAAUCUCCCUUUAAUUUCAAUCAUAUUACUGGGAGGUGCCUGACCUUUGUGUCAAACUGAAAUGAUCAAUUUAAGUUCAUGUAAUAAUUGGACGUGUGCUUGUGUUGCUGUCAUGUGCGUCCUUGUUGUCAGUGACUUGCAUUUGUAAUGCCAAAUGCUGUAAUGUGGCAGUGUUGAUGGAAGGCUUUCAUUUUAAUUGUCCCAUAUUGAUAAAAAAAAAAAACCUGCUGGAACCAAGUCCACCUUCUUGGUGCAAAAAUGUUUAACAUUUAAUGCAUAAUUAAGUUCUUCUGUUAGCUCUGCAAAGACACCUUUACCCCAAUGAUCAGUAUUUCUCUUAACCCUUUGAUAGCAUGUCUACAUCUGAUAACUAAACUCUUUUUCAUGUAAAUGACAAAGAUUCACCCUCUCCUCUGUGUUGUAUACUUAGUUUUUAACUGACCUUUAAUAUUGUGUACAAUAAUAUACAAUGUGUAGAUAGCAUAAAGCAGAAAACCUUUAUUCCAGGUAUAUAAAUCCCUAGAAAAUGUAAAACAAAUUGAUGAAACUCUGACAACUUUGAAUGGUGCCAGUGUGAGAGUUAGUAUGCUAGCACCAACAGCAGGCCUGUGGUGUGGUGAGAUUUAAUUGUUUUGAAAGGUUUCUGCUGGACAGAUACCUUUACUUAUACCUUGAACAUUGGAAAAGUUGCCAUAUGCAUAAUUACAUUGGAAUUGUCUGUUUGAUUCCUCUUUGAUGUACAAGUAAUCUACAAUAGCUUAGUUUAGUCCCUUUUAAUGUGAAACAUGUGGGAAAUAAAUAGCAGGAAUGAUUCAACUGAAACCUCAUUAGUUAAUUCUAAAUAUCUUGUACUUUUUCCUUUGCUAAUGAUGAUUCACUGGGGUAGUCUUUGCAUAGUUUUUGUGCUUGCCAGUCUCUCUCUCUAAUUAUCCAGCACACUUACGUUUACCCGUCACUUCUAAUGUUGCAGUAAGUUUAAAUUGGAUAACUUAUACUGGACAGUUGUGUGUAAAAUAUGUAAAGCAAUGAAGUAAUCUCUUGAGUCACCUUCUAUGGGUUAUCAAAGUAAGCACUGAAACUUCUGACAUGGUUUUCUUAUUAGAAUGAUUGUCAAAGAGCUUGUAUUUCAAUCUCUCUAGAAGGUGACAGAUCUUGCAGUGUUUUGCCAGACUUAUCAAUAGGUUAAUGUUUUAGGAUGUUAUUUUAUUGCAUUUGGCAAUAUAUAUAUUUUAAUUAUCAGAGGAAGAAAUUUUAGGAAGGUAAUGUUUUAUAGUUUUGUAUAAGAUUGAAGUAACAAAAUUGAUGUUUAACAGUAUUGAAUUAAAAUAGAUUUGAAUUCAGUUAAGCCACAGUGUAAAUUGUAAGACAAACCUUUUGAUCAAUUUAUUUGUAAUUUCUGUCAGGUGGUCUCUGAGAAUUUCUUGCUUAGAUGAUGGGGAGAUUGUCAUUGUCCAUCAUGUUACAGUUAAAGUUUUCCUCCAUGAAUUCUGAUUUUUACUGUGCGCUUCUUGCUUGUCUUCUGUGUAAAAUUUUGCAAGAAAUUCCCAGUUGAUCAAUGUUGUACAAGUUUUAAUUUGGUAAUAGCUGUGUAAAAUGUUUGUAAUCAGUAUUCAGUUGUAAUACACUGUUAUACUAAUGCCUAAAUUUCAAAGAAUUCAAAUUUCUUUCUUGAAAACUUGAGAAGUGGCUGAAAAGGAUGGUUUGAGUAGUAGCUUGUGCAGAAUUUUUUUCCCCAGAUAUGAGCUCACUUUUCUUUAGUAAUGUUUAUAAAGCAUGCACAGUAUAAGCCAGAAGUGAUAGGACUGUCAACUUUACAUAAACUUAUUCACUGAAAAUUUUCAACUAACAGCUGUUUAAGGUAACAAAAUUAAGUCUUGCUAAAUUCUCAAUGAUUGCAGGUUUUUCUGAGAAUUUUUGCUUAAAAGUUUCUUAUUUUGCUCUCAUUUUCAGAUUGCUUUUAUUCCUUGCAUCUUUUCAGCCAUUUGUCUUAUUCUUCAAUUUUCAAACAUAAAGAUAUUUAUUUAUUUUGUAUGUGGAAAACAAGUUUCAAGAUGUGCACAGUUUAAUUUUUCUAAGUAAUUACAAGUAUCAUUCUGAUGUUGUAGACAUUUAAUAGGAACCUUGCUGACAACUCAAAUCAACACUUUUUGUCUUACAACAGCUCUAGUGUGAAAAUAUGUCCAAGUGAGUGAGUGCUAUAAUUUGUGAUGUUUGUGACUACCAUUCUACUGCAAGGCAACUAACAAACUUGUGUCAAUGUAAAUUAGUUUUUUUUCUAUCUUGUCAGCUUAAUGGAUAAUGACACAAUACACAUAAGUGGUAACCAGUUUUCAAAGUAACCAUAAUAAUAUUAAUAACAAUAACCUUAUGAAAUUGAUAUUUAAGUUAAUGUAAUCGUAUGUGUUAAAUGGGACAAUACUUAGGUGUAUGUAGCAAUACUCAAUGUAAGAUCUUUAUCAGUAAGAACCUUUGUGUGACAAAUCAAAUGCACUUAACCAUUUUAACUCUCAA